UGCACUUAGACAUCCUUCAAGAUGUUUUAGAUCCAAUUCUGAAUUUACCACGUGCUCUGUCUCAAAUUGAAACAUGCAAACUAACAAUACAAGGUCAACCAAAACAAAACAGUGAACUGAGAACUCCUCGAGAAGCAAGGGUCAAAGGUCAAACAUCAGUUCUUGCAUAGAUGAGUGCCCCAGUUCAGGGCACUAAUGACGCGUGCACGCUCAGCAAGGCAGCUAUGGUCCACAAAGGGUACUUCAAGGAUCCAUAUGUGUCCAAAUUUGUCUCGUCUGUUGUUACGAGAAGCCCAAUCAUUAACCGUGGAUAUUUUAUAAGAGCUUAUGCAGUACAGGCGCUUGUCACUCAUCUAUUGAAAAAGUCGACUUGUAAAGACGAUGCUGGCAAUGAUGUGCCUAUCAAACAGGUCGUUUCUUUGGGUGCUGGCUUCGACACCAUGUUCUUCCGUUUGCGGGACAGUGGAGCCACUGAACAUGUGGUCAAGUAUGUGGAGGUGGACGCAGAGGCAGUCAUGGACAGGAAGAAGGCCAUGAUCGAGAAGGAGAAGCUGCUGAAUGAGAGUGAACAGAAGCUGUUGCACUUGGUUGGCGGGGACUUGUCAGACUGCGACAAGUUAUUCGGUCAGCUGAAGUCGUUAGUGUCGCCUAAGUUCGGAGUCCUGUUCCUCUGCGAAGUGUCUCUCGUGUAUCUACCAACUGAGAAGAGUGACGCUAUUCUUACACUGAUUGCCAAGAGGUUCCCACGGAGUGUCUGUGUGUUGUACGAACAAGUGAACACCAGGGACCCUUUUGGACGUUUCAUGACAAAACACUUCAGGAAACUCAACUGUCCCCUUGGAUCCCCAGAGACAUACAACACCAUACCCAAACUGAGACAGAGGCUGAAACCUAAAUUUAUAAAGGUUUUGACAGCUGACGUGAACCACAUUGCAGUUCAAACACUAGAAAAACAGGAGAGGGAGAGAGUGGGAAAACUGGAACAGUUUGAUGAAUUUGAGGAACUCACGCUUCUUAACUCACACUACACACUGUCACUCCUCGUGGCCAAAGACUUGGUCAUACCCAAAGUGUUUCCGAAAGUAAAGAAGAAUCGCUGUCAGUGCUGCUACUCUCAACCAAACCUGGAAAUGUUCCCCAAGGUCACCACAAGCAAACACCUGAAGAUCCAACUACAGCUGUUCAGACACUGUUCUGCCCUCACAAAAACAAGACUGUUCCUGGUGGGUGGAUUCGGGUCAGAGUUCAGACUGCAGUCGAAGGAGGGAGAGGGAGAUGGAAAGGAAGACAGUCAACAGGGAGGGGAUAAAGAGCAACCACAUAGCCGACAGAUGCUAUUAGCAGACAUGGACAUUAAGGAUCACGCGAUAGAUGCAUUCAAGAGGGUCAAGUACUCGCUGUGGGAGAGACUAAAUGCAGUCAUGCAGGUGUGCGGCGAUCACCUGCUCAUUUUUGGAGGCCGCAAAUCUCCGUCAGUGCCCCUAAAUGACCUCAUAAAGGUCACAAUAUCAGGCGGUGAAGAAGGAGCACGAGAUGGACACUUUGGGGACGUAGAGGUAAAGUUUGAAAAGCAGUGGGAGGGUGUGUGUUGCUUCCCGAAUGCCAGAUAUAGACAUGCCAGUGCAGUGUUGACCAGACACUACCAGUCUAUGGUUGAACAUCGGAUGUUGGUGGAUGGAGGAAAGGACAGCACUAAAAGUUUCUCAGAUGCGUUUUUCUACGACCCCUUCACCAACUUAUGGAGUGAAGUAGAGUUCAUCUCGUUCACCUCUCCAAACCAAACGAAAGAAGAUAACAAAGAAGUAGUGGUUGGAUCUGCACCUGACAGUCCCCCUCCCCCUCCUACUACACCCCCGCUGCCCCCUCGUCACUCCCACUCUAUCUGUCACUAUAAAGAUGCUUCCCUCAUUCUGUCCGGAGGCAUAUUCAACAACCAGGAAAGUGACGUGAACAGCAAAUUAUACCGACUCAAUUUCCCCACCAGUUCCCUGUGUGAAGUGGAGGUCAUAGCAGAGGGACUGCUCCCCCUCUAUGGUCACACAUCCCACGUAUACUUCCAGCAGGGUGGGGGCCAUAGUAAUAGUCCUUCCGAGUGGCUACUGUUGGUUGGAGGUGUGGUGCCAGUCACGCCCUAUAGUCUGGUGCAGCUGUUUGACCUUGAGAAGCGAGAGAUGCUGCGUGUGGUGAGAGUGAAUGACGCCCUCCUCAUCAACCACACCAGUCACAUCCUGGGUCACAAACUGUACACUGUGGGAGGGGGCGGCAACCUCUUCUCAUUCGGCACCUGCUUCAACAGCAGAGUCAAAAUAUACUCCGUCCAGGGUAUUCUGCGCAUGCAGCCCAAAAAGAAACCUGAACCGAAUACUACUGACACAAAAAAGGGUGAAAAUGAUGUUCGAGGAGAAGGCAGUGGCAAUGAGGAUUACGAGAAUGUGAGUGCCCAAUCUGGAGAAGAUAGUGAUGAGUCGGACCAAAGUCUAGACACAGACGCCGACGAAGAGGCUCUGCGUGCGGCUGAGUUGUUGCGAGCUGAGAUAGACGCGAAGAUGUUUGGGCCUGCCCAGUGCAGGACUACUCGGAGGGCACGUCGGAAUGCACGCAGGCAGUUGGAAGCACUCAACUUAGCAGAACAGGACUCCAUUGACUCAGCGGUCAUUAGAGAUAGAAGUCUGGGCGAGCACGGAGAAGUCAGAAUGGCAAUUGACGGGAUCACUCUCGACUCAGAAGGAGGUCAAGAAAGAGAAGGAGGGUCAGAAGGGGAGAAGGAGCGGGCGGGGAGUGAGAGGGGGGCUGAUUACUCUUUCGGGGCCAAAGAGGAGAGACUUGCCAAGGGGGGUCGGGUUAGGGAAGAGCGACUGGUUCUCAAACCCAAACACAAGGAUGACAUAUACGUAUUACAGAUUAGCCAGGAAAAUGACGCGGACGUUGAAAAUAAGAAUGCGAAGAAUGAAGCGGUUGUACCGUCAUCGCCCGUGCUUAAAACUGCCAAAUUUGUAGUGGAGAAGCCACUUAAAGAUAGAAGACGCCGGAAAAAGAAGGCUGCUCACAAGUCCAGAUCCAAAUCCCCGGGUCGCAGUGGAGUCGGGGAGUCUUCGGAGUCAGUCGUGGGGAGUGUGCAGAUAAUCGACACCAGUGGAGAGAAGUCAGAUAGCAACAAUGAGGGGGGCAAAAAUAUAAGAGAGAAGAGUCCCCAGUCGAGCAAAAAGAAAAAGAAAAAGAAAGCGCAUCGUAGCAGGACGCCCAGUCCAAACGAGGACUGAAAGCGACAGAAAUGCAAAAUUUUUAAACGAUGUUGAUGAUAAAUGUUAUUAUUGAGAUGGUUUUUGUUUUCUGAAUCAA